UCAGUGCAGAAUCCACCUACGAGGAGUGCUAGAGAUGGAAAUCCUCGGGCUAACCUGUGGUGUCAAAGCCGAGGAAGGAGGAGCUUCAACGGGGAAAUAUCUACGGCGUUAACCCUGGAAACCCUGUCUGCUUGCGACACAGACGCUAGCCGAUGGACACGGAAAAGAAAUGCAGUAUGUGUUACAAAUGCCAACUCUGAGAGUUACUGUCGGUCGAGGUGUCAUACUUUUUUGCUAACUGCCAGUCUGUCUAAGAUCAAAAAACAGACACUUGACACUAGCCAGUCCUAGCUAACAUUAGCUUUCUAGCUGCGCUGACCAAAGUUUUCUUUUCGCAACAGACGGCUUUGUCUGUUAGCUACGUAAAGAGUGCAACAAAAGCAAUAUGCUAUUUUAGCCAUUAACGUAGUAUGUGCUGCUCAGACAUUUUGUGUAUGCCGUGAAUUAGUUGACAGCUGGCCCAAGUAUGUUCAGCUAGCCAUAAUAGCUAGGUUAGCACAACCUAGCAAACAGUCUUCUCAAACUUGUCUGGUUGAUCUUCCUGUCAAGUGUUAUUCUGGAAGACAGAUAUGACCAACGUAGUUUGUUGAUCAAAUAUUCUCGCCAGGUAAUUAUAAAUUGUGUCAUAGAUUAUCACUGCUUUUCGGGUUGCUUUCUGACCCUAGUUAGGGAGUGGACACAGUUGUUCAUGAUUAGUGACAGGUUUCGAAAUACUCGUUUCAGCAAGUCAUCUUGUUAUCUGUAGGUGUAGCAACCUUGGACCAAAUAUCAGUCCCCAGUGGAAACCGUAAACCAUUGUUAUAAGGGUUCCUUUAAAGUUUACAGGUGUGAACACAUAGCUACAGUUGCUGAGUAUCCUAUACAAACAUCGUUGAAAAGUUUGUUCCGACUCCAACAUGUGCCAUGUCAGCGACGUCCGAUCUUGGGAAAUAGGUUGCGCAUAAAUUGCGUAGGUAAAUAAUAUUUGGCUGGGCGUAGUAUUUAAUAGCUAUUUCUCCUGGCGAAUGAAACCCCACAUCUCCAAUUGGAUGCCAUGAUCUGCCAUUUACGUCUUUAGCCAUUGUGGCUGUUGACAUUGUGUAGCUGCUGGAACUUUGAAAGGGCUUGUCAGUUCCUGGUGGUGACGUGCAAGAAGACAACACUCGGCAUAAUGAAUCGCUACCUACCCGUGGCCCGUCAGCACUUUCUGAGCGCACUAGCCAGCACCAGUGUAGUAGUGAAGUCCAUCUGUGCAACAGUGCUCCUACUUUACCUUCUGUCAUGGGCAGUGGACACAUCGUACGCUCUUGGCGUGACACCUGGAUUCCUUUUUCCUCCGAACUUUUGGGUGUGGACACUGAUAACGCAUGCUGUAGUGGAGCGUCACAUUUGGGGCGUCGUGGUCAAUGUGGCCACGGUGAUGGUGUCAGGUCGCCUGCUCGAGCCCCUGUGGGGAGCUCUGGAGCUCCUGAUCUUCUUCGCCGUCGUCAACGUCUCAGCGGGUGUCCUGGUUGGCCUCUCUUACCUCUUCACCUACGCCGCCACAUUUGAUUUGGACUACCUGUUUGCCGUGCGGAUGUACGGGGCUCCUGGCUUCCUUGGCGGGGUCCUGGUUGCCUUGAAGCAGACAGCUGGGGACACGACAGUGCUGCGCAUGCCGCAGGUGCGACUGAAGGCGGCGCCGGCUCUGGUUCUGCUGGUCCUGGCGGUGCUGCGGCUGGCCGGGCUCCUGGAGACGGCCGCACCUCUGGCCGCCUGCUCGUACGGUGCCUUGGUGGGAUGGGUGUACCUGCGGUUCUACCAGCGGCACAGCCGGGGCCGUGGAGACAUGUCGGACCACUUUGCCUUUGCGUCCUUCUUCCCGGAGGCUCUGCAGCCGGCCGUGGGGCUGGUGGCGACCCUGGUCCAUGCGGCCCUCGUCAAGAUGAAGCUGUGCAGGAAGAUGGUGAAGCGGUAUGACGUGGGGGCCCCCUCCUCCAUCACCAUCAGCCUCCCUGGCACUGAUCCACAGGACGCAGAGAGGAGAAGACAGCUGGCGUUGAAGGCCCUGAAUGAGCGGCUGAAGCGCGUGGAAGACCAGUCUGCCUGGCCCAACAUGGAGGAUGAGGAGGAUGACGAUGAGGACGAGGUGCGGACGGACGCUCCUCUGCUGCCCUCUCGCGACACCCCCGCACCAGCCACCGGCACCGGCUCCAGCCAGAACCCUGCUGCACAAGAGUCCAGCAUCAUCAGCUUUGAGGACGCCCCCUCCCACUCCUAACACACACACGCACAAAGAUCGAAGCAAAUUACAUUGACAUGCUCAGGCUGACACACAACGGAGUACGUUGAGGACACACUCACACCUGCACACACAUACCAAAACACAUGCACACAAACGUCCGAACACACAAAUUCAUACAUGAAACACACAAAACGUCUGCUUGCAAAGGCCGUUCAGCUUGUGAGUUGAGACUGGACGAAAUACUGUGGUUUCUUCACCGUUUAAAAAAAUUGCGUCAGUGGCUUUCGAAAUGUAAUCCCAGAACAGAAAUUACUGUAAAGACAGGUCUCCUCCUGGUUGUGUGUAUCCUGUGGACAGAAGGGUUGAUGGGACUCUCUCUCCCCUCUUUACCGUGUACUUCAAAAAGAGUAGAUGGUGAUCACUCUUCCCUUGUGAAAUGAUUUCACAGACUGGAUAAAGAACUGUGUCCACAUUUUAGCGGUUCUGUGCUUACUACUAAAUUAAAUGCUUAUGACCAAGAAGAAAGUAGUUAUUGUUCAUCAAAGGUUUUCUUUCCCCUACAACUUGUCUCGACGUAUGGAAACAUCAUGGACAGUCAAGAGUGUCUUGUAUCGCACAGGUUUUUGUGGAUAAUACCGCUCCCCAUUUGUUUCUCAUAUGCAGUAAUGUUUUCAGUAGUCUGUGUGUGUGUGUGUGUGCGCGCGUGUGUGUGCG